UCAUCGACUUUGUCUGAAUUAUUGAAGUUAACUAACUAGCACUUGUGAUUGGCUGAUUUCAGUUUGAAGAAAGAAGAGGAGCAUCAAAAAGAAGAACGCGCCAAGCAUAGGUAAAGCUGAAGCACCAUGGUGAAUGUGUCGCCGCUGCCUAUAAACGAUGGAGAGAGGCCAUCCUCGUGUAGCUCCUCGUUCUCUAGCUUCUCCAACUUGCUAGACGUUGCAGAUCCGCUUGGCAUCAGUUCAUCAGCACGCGUGCAGGUCGCAGGAUUCAGUCAGCAGCUUCUUGACUCGCCCCAACGUGACGCGGGUCGAGGCGACCAACUACCGCAUCUGAUUGAGCAGCGACUGCUCGGCCUCCUGGGCGAGCCGCUGUCGGACACAGACCGCGUCAGUGUCCAACAAAUGCCACUGCGCCCCUGUGUCGCAGGGGAGAUGGUAGCAGUUCAGGACAGUGACGGCGUGUUGCGCUAUGGCAAAGUGCGCGACGAGGAGCUUACCAGCGGCGAAGUCAAAGUGCAAGUGUCCAAGAGUUGCAUUAGGUGGUACGCGGUGUCGCAGAUCUACUUUUUCCAGUCGGUUCGCAAGAGCGGCAAGAAUGUCGACAUGUGGAUAGAGAACGGGGACGAAGCAGACUCCCCUGUCGGAGUAAUUGCGGAGGUGAACACCCUGCUCGCACGAAUGAAUGUAUCACUGAGCUCGAGCUACGAGGAUUUGAUGACCGAGAUCUUGAGACUACAACAACGUACGACACUGGCGGAGAAAGCACGACGAGAGGCGAUGAAGCAGGUCAAUCUGGCCUUACGGCAGAAGAGAGAUGCGGAGAAGGCUCUCGUCUGUGUAGUGUGUCUGGAAGGGAUCGCGCUGUGGCGCGCUGCCAAGAGCUGCAAUGCCAAAAAGCUUCAGCAGUUCGUGAGUAAGGAGUCCGAUAGCGACAUCCAAGCUCUUCUGGAUCAGCCGCAUCCGGAGAAGGGCACCACCCCGUUGAUGGUCGACGGAGACUAUGCUACUGACAAAGGCAAACACCAGAGCACAGCGCUUCAUUAUGCGGCCUACAAAAACCGCACCGCCCAGUUGGAGUUGCUGCUUGAGGCUGGCGCCGAUAUAUUUGCCCUAAACGGCAAGGGACACACUGCGCUAGACGUGGCGAGACUCCGUGGACGGAAGGAGGCAGCGGCAACUCUGACUUCCCGGCUGCAGGUACAUAGCGGCUGGCUGUAUCUACGCUCCAAGUCGAUGCUGGGGUUCUGGAAGCGGCGCUGGUGCGUCUUGCUGGCCUGCAACUCGAAACGCACGGCGACUGAGCUCUGCCUUUUCCACGGACCGGACAAAGCCCACCCUGAAGCUAUUCUCUGGCAGGACAGCAUGUCUGAUACCACGCAUUGCUCGCCAGUUGAGCACGGGAAAGCGAACGGCUUCGAACUGAACACGCGUGUGAUUUACCAGAAACUCUUCGCUCGACACUACAGCCGGUACAAAUCGUCAGGUCGAACGCACGUCCACAAGGCAAACAUGCAGCCCCGCGAGUACGUCUUCGCAUGUGACACUGAAUCAGGGAGAGAUGCAUGGAUGAGGGCACUGGGGAGUCGACAGCGUGGAGGGGAGUGCUCCAGUACAACGGUUAGCUCCACGUAUGUGGGUUCUCCACGCAGAUCGAGCAUCGGCUCUCGUGCUACCGCACCAGUCGAAGACCACAGCAGCUCUGCUUUAUCCAUCCAAGCAUCCAAAUUGGGGUCAUUGGCAACCCCUGCACCAACCCAACCCGUGACCCGUGCAACAGCACCAACGUUUGUCGAAGACGACGACGGCUAUAUCUGGGGCGAUGCACCCGGGUCUCGAGCCACAUCCACGCCGGAAGUGUAUCCACUAGCGACGGUGAUCACUAUUAGUGGUGACCCUAAUGAGCCACAGGAGACCGAUGCAUUGUCUGUACGGAGAACCAACGGGACUCGGUCUGUAUCCCGUGCGGCCACGUCGCAGGUUGCUACGACUGUAUGCGAGCUGUAACGCAGGAAAACUCGUCGUGUCCAGUGUGUCGCGCUCAUGUGGAUGGCGUCGUUCGGAUCCAGGAUUGAGCACCGGAAUGCAUUUUUGUAACUGUGAGUUUUUAACCUUUGAAUAUUCA